CCCAACCCCCUUCGAUCAACAUCCAGCCACAUUGGGGAAGCCAAGUUACCCGAAGGACCCUAAAGAGGCGAUUUUGAAUCAGAAAAGGUUACACAUGGCCUCUUCACGAUCCCUCCUGCGCACCGCCCGCUCCUUCUGCACCGCCGCCUCUACGCACCACAAAAACCAUCAAAACACGCACAACUUCCUUAAACCCAAUACGUUCAUUGGGAGCUGGAAUACGUCGAAGGACCCUAAAGAGGCGGAGAAGCAGCUGGCCCAGCUGAGGAGAGACUACGCCAAACAGGUCAAGGACGUGCGCAAGGAGUAUAUACGCGAGGUGGAGCUCAUGCGCCUAGAGAAGCAGCGCAAAGACGAGGCCAGGAGAGAGGCCCUCAAGGCUGCCAAUGAGGAGCGGAAGAAGCUGAAAGCCGAGGUAGCGAAAGCCCGCGCCCAGGAACGGAAGGUUGCCCAGGAGGAGUUUCGACAAGCCCUUUUGAAAGAAAGAGCAGAGAAACUUGAGAACUGGAAGAUGAAGGAAACAAAGAGGGAAGAGAAGAAGAAAGAGAACAGUGAACUUCUGCGCAGAAAAAGUUCAGUGUGGAUCGAUGAACGUGAGAUGGAAAAUAAAAUACUGCAAGCCAUUGUUGACACCACGUCCAUUUGAGUCAAUUUUAUUCCCAACUUUGCAUUUACAUCGAUUCUCAUUUCAAACUCAAAUGAGUUGAAAUGUGCUGCCAUACUAAUUAGUACAUACUUUUAUUUUGUACGGAUUUGGGCUUUAAUGACAUAUUUGUCUAGUAAAUUGUCUUUGAUGAAAAGAUUGAAUUCUUCUU